AUGCCGGGCUUAUUCGUCGUGGGCAUCCACCCAGCCCUUCUGGCGGCGCACGCCGAGCUCGGGCCGCGUGCAGAACUCUCUGCUUUCUUGGAUGAUACGUAUGCGUCGUGCGACCCGGCAGACGCAUGCGCGGCGUUUGUUACCUUGCGCACGCAGCUCAAGCGUCACGCCAACAUCGAUGUGCAUCUUGGCAAGACGCGCGUUUGGUACUUUACUGGCGAGCAACCCCCAGGCCUUGCUGAAGUGCUCCCUACGGUGCCGGGGGAGGCGCCCAUAUGGGUCGGUGACCACUCUUUGCCACCUGAACAACAAGGCUUCCUCGUACUGGGCACGCCGUUUGGAAGCGAAGCCUUCAAAAAGGAUGAAGCGCUCAACCACAGCCGCAUCUGCUGCACAGAAUCCCAAGCUUGCCAGACCUUCAGUCGGCGUGGUUGGUUCUACUUAUGUGACUACGCCGGGCCACGGAAGGCCGCAGUGCAGCUUACGGGGCAUCCUGGGCAGAUACCUUGCCAAUCCUACGACAGCGUCAUCCGAGAGUUGUGGCGGAGAUUCUUCGCCGUGUACAAUCCCUCACCGUUGGCGGGACCCACGGGGCAGCGCGAAGCCGGACCGAACUGGCGACCGCUGGGACGCAGCUACAGGAGGCAGGUUUCGCGCUGCCGCCGGUGGCAACGAGCGGCCGCGGCCCGCUUGGACGCAUCCGCCUGCGCGAAUCUUUUCUCUAACCUUGACCCGGCUUCGCGCACGUGCUCUCACCGCCUUGCCCACGGCUCCGGAGUUCAGACUUUCGAGCUCUUGCUUUCGCGUGCUGUUGCUCGGAAGGUUGCGGAUACCCGUGCCGCGUGCCUAUACCGGGCGCCGUUGCGGAGGUGA